AUGCCUCGUUCAAAGCGUGCGCGCGUUGUCCACGAGUCCAAGACUACCAAGAAGUCCCACAAGGAACAGACCCGCCGGCUGUAUGCCAAUAUCCGAGAAUGUGUGGAGGAAUACGAUCAUCUGUUUGUCUUUGCGGUGGAUAACAUGCGCAACACCUAUCUGAAGGAUGUGCGCACUGAAUUUGCCGAUAGCCGUCUCUUCUUCGGCAAAACCAAAGUCAUGGCCGUGGCUCUCGGCAACAACCCCGAAACCGAGGCCGCCGACAAUCUGCACAAGCUCACGCCCUACCUCAGCGGCGCAGUCGGGCUCCUGUUCACCUCCCGCACCCCGGAGUCAGUGACCAGCUUCUUCGACAACUUCCGUCCGCAGGACUUUGCCCGAGCCGGCACCGAGGCCACGCGCUCGUUCAGCAUCCCCAACGGGCUGGUCUACUCGCGCGCAGGCGAGAUCCCCACCGAAGACGACGAGCCUAUCAGCCACACGAUCGAGCCGGCACUGCGCAAGCUGGGCGUGCCGACCCGCCUGGUCAAGGGGAAAGUGUCGCUUGAGUUGACGGAGGACCAGGAAGGGUACCAGGUGUGCCGGGAAGGUGAAACACUGGACUCGCGGCAGACGACUCUGCUGAAGAUGUUUGGGGUGACGUCCUCUGAGUUCAAGGUCGAUUUGAAGGCUUACUGGACGCGGAGUACGGGCGAGGUCAAGAUUUUGGAGGAGAACCAGGGUGGGAUGGAGGUUGAUGCGUAG